AUGGCCGCCACGCGCGCCCUAAGGUGGCCGCGGCUGUUGUGGUGGCGGCUGUGGCCGGCCCGGAAAUCUCCCCAGCAUUUGGCGUGGGGCCUGGGCCCGGGCGCGAAGACUUAUGCCCGGGGCGACAGCCCGUACUCUCGCACGGCGCUCUAUGAGCUGCUCGGCGUCUCUUCCACGGCCACGCAGGCGCAAAUCAAGGAGGCCUACUACCGGCAGAGCUUCCUCUACCACCCGGACCGCAACUCGGGGAGCGCCGAGGCCGCCGAGCGCUUCACGCGCAUCUCCCAGGCCUACGUGGUGCUGGGCAGUUCCUCC